AUGGCAGAUGAUUGGGAUCUUUACGCUGUGGUGAGGAGUUGCAAAUCAGCCACCCACAACACCACCACUAACACUUCCGCCGCAGGCGCACCCACAAAUCCCAUUACCCCACCCUCCGCGGAGGAAGAAGACCCCUUUUGGGAUUGGUUGAAAUCCGAGGAGGAAACUGACCCAUUAUUCUCUUUCCCUAAUCUCCUCGAGCCCAGAGCCAAUGCUUUCCAAGAGCUGCAACAGUUUUACGAACCCCUUUUGCCCAACCCCACCACCACCAACAAUCCCAGCACUAACAACACCUUUGUUCCUCCUAUUAUUCCAAAUUCCCCCAUUAUUCCUGACUUUGGAGGAUCUGCCAGUAGUGGCCAACAUCACCUACAACAGCAACAGCAUCAUUUUCUGCCAACCAACACCCCCACGAGCCCUCAUUUCAACCCUGCCAUCUCCCCUCCUGGUUUUGGAGGAUUCCAUGGCCAACAACAGCCGCUUCUGCUUCCCAAACCAGAGACUCAAAUUCUACCCCAACAGCUCCCAACGCAGCAGGGUUUUAUGAGGCCUCAGGCCAUGGUUCCCGCUCUUCCUCCUCCUCUUCCUCGUGUGCCAAUCACCAUGCCAAUCAACUCCCCCCGGCCAAGAAAAAGGAAGUGCCAGCAGAAAAGACAGGUUUGUCAAGUAAGCGCAGAGAAUCUCUCCGCCGAUUUAUGGGCAUGGCGUAAGUACGGCCAAAAACCUAUCAAGGGUUCUCCUCAUCCAAGGAACUAUUACCGCUGCAGUAGCUCCAAAGGAUGUUCAGCGAGAAAACAAGUGGAGCGGAGCACGGCGGACCCCAACAUCUUCGUCGUCACAUACACAGGCGACCACAAUCACCCUCGUCCAACGCAUCGAAACUCCCUUGCUGGCAGCACCAGAAACAAGUCAUCAGCGACGGCGGGUCAAAACCAGCCCAUAAACAAUGACCCCGGUUCACCACCAGCCCAAGCUGACCAAGACGCUGUUGCCAAUAACGUCAAUUCUGACAAUUCACUUGACAAAGAAAAUGAGGAACUUGAUGAGGAGGAGGAGGAAAGGGAUGAGAACGAGAUCGAGGACGAGGACGUGGAGGAGGACGAUGUUCUGAUACCGAACACAGCCAUGUCGGAUGAGAUAUUCUUGGGGCUGAAGCAACUGGGUUGUACUAGUUCUAGUGGUAGCGGGGGUUCUCUGGCGGCAGGUGCUUCUGGUGAUACUUUUUCGGAUCAAGAGCCGUCAAGUUUGGGGUCUUCUUGGGCUGCUGCUAAUCGUUCCUCUGCUGCCGGAGCCACCGUUGGCGGAGGCUGCUAGAGCCGACAAGUUACCGUUUGCGGAGGCUGAUAGGUUUUUGGUUUAAUCUUUUGUUACCGUGUUGGUUCUAUGAGAAAGAGGGGCGGGAGGGAUUCUUAUUAGAUUGUAUGUAAAUAGAUAUAGAAAAGAGUCCCUUCCUUCUUCAGCCUAUAGGGAGUUUUCAGCUUUAUUUUUCUCUCGUUGUAAAUU